AACGAGGAGGAGAUCGCGAAGGCGCACAUGUGCAUCCCCGAUUGUCGAACCGACCACUACCAGCUUCGGCCCCUGGAAACUGGCUUCGGGCCCUGGCACCGUCAGGCAGCUGCGCAGGACGAGAAGGCGCUCCUCGAGAACGGGCCGAGCGAGGCUCGAGCAUGUCGAGCCUUCGGGGGUCUGGGCGUUCGACGGAGCCCAGGGACACACACACACACACACAGGAGGGAGGAAGCGGAGGAGAAGGAGCGGUGGCCCUUGGAAAAACGACCUUGA